UCAAGAUUUGUCAGCGGUAAAGAUGUCAGGAGAACAGGCAGCAGCUGAGGUGGUCAAUCCUGGGGAUCUGGAAGCAAUGAAGAAUGGAGCAAGGACUCUCUGCAUUGCCCAGGUUGGGACGAUUGGAGAGUUUGCCAGUUGGGCCGUGCCGAGACCAGGGGGGCUGGAAGCUGAGGAGGGAUUGGCCCACAGCUGGGAAGUCCAAUGGCAGGAGUUCCUGAAGGCGGUGAACACCCCUCACUCGGAGAGCCCAGAGUCUCCAAAGACCAUGCGCUGGGAAGUUACCAAAUCUUCCCUGAUCCCUUCCAAAACAGUAGCUGAUUUGGGACCUUGUGGAGACGUGGCGAUUGGUCUUUGGCCAGGCCUCAAAGGAGGAGCUCCCAAAACCUCAGAGGAUCUGGACUCUGGCAAAAGGGGAGAUGGCUUUAAAGUGGGCAAAGGGAUCUCAAGCAAGGGUGCCGCUGGGACAGAGACACAGCGCCAGCGCUUCCGGCUUUUCUGCUACCAGGAGGCUGAGGGACCCGGAGAGCUCUGUGACCGUCUCCAUGAGCUGUGCCGUGAGUGGCUGAAGCCAGAGAAGCGCACCAAGGAGCAGAUUCUGGAGCUGGUGAUCCUGGAGCAGUUCUUGGCAGUCUUGCCACCGGCAAUGCAGAGCUGGGUCCGAGAUGGUAGUCCGGCAACCUGCUCCCAGGCUGUGGUCCUGGCUGAGGAUUUCCUGAUGAGACAGCGAAAGGCUGAAGGAUGGGAAGGACAGGCUCUAGGAACUUUGGCAGAAGUGGUUGUAAGCCUCUCUGAAGAGGAUGAGGCUGCUCCAGAAUUCUGCGAGGAGAUGAACAAGGAGAGCAGCCAGAAUGCUGGCUUUCUAGGAAGCAAUGAACUGAGAAACGAGAAUGACGUGGGAAGAGAGGAGCUGGAGGUCAGCUUCGGGGUUCUCGGUAUAGCGGAGCAGCAUGAGGAAAGCUGGCAGGAGAGAUCCGUGACGGCGGCUGCUUGUGAACAGCUCCCUGAACUCUCAGUCCCACCUCUGGGGACACGGGAGAGGAGGAGCACAUUCUCCCAGAGGAGCGUGACCCAGAGGCAAGACCCUGAAUACCAGAGAACACCCACAGAGCCCAAGCUCUACAUAUGCACAGUCUGCGGACGUAGCUUCACACGGAGACCGAAUCUCAAUCGGCAUCAGAAGCUCCACACGGAACAGAAGUCCCACUGGUGUGCGGUUUGUGGGCAGGGCUUCACUCGGAGGGACACCCUCGUGAAACACCAGAGAGUUCACAAAGACGGGGUGACGGCUGGACCAAGAGGCCAAGCGGGGGAAAUAGCCGCAAAGUCUCCCAGAAUCACAACAGCAGCAGGUCCUGUGUGGACAAUUCAGGAUGACGGUGAGCUGCUUUGGGUCCCGUCGGAAGGAAACGAAGUGUGUGGAGAGGAGAAGCAAGGUGAUGAAAAGAGGAGAGAAGGAAGAACAACAGUGACUUGGAGGGAUAAGCCCGUGGAAGAAGAGCUUCACUUCAAAUUCACAGUCCCAAAAGCGGGACACCAAGGAGCGGGAAGGGCAGUGUGCUCCGUCUGCGGGAAAAGCUUCACUCGCAGAUCCACCCUUAACAGACACAUGGGAGCCCACACGGGAGUGAGGCUGCACAAGUGUUUGGACUGCGGGAAGACGUUCAGCCCGGUGGUGUCGGAACGUCGGAGACCCAAGGCAAAGACGGCAGGCGCAGGGAGGAAAAUGUAUCAGUGUGAGAAGUGUGAGCGGGGCAGCCGUCCAAAGCCGAGCCUUAAUGGCCGCAAGAGGACGAAUCGGUUCAGGUGUUUGGAGUGCGGCCACAACUCCAGCUGUCGGUCACACCUUCUUAGACACCAGAGAAUCCACACGGGAGAGAAACCAUAUCUGUGCCCCGUCUGCGGGAGGAAGUUCCGCCAGGCCGUGCAUCUUCUCAAGCACGAGAGGACGCAUGGAAAUAAGAAGCCACAUUUCUGAUGGCAAGGGAGGAACAUCAAAACUGUGCGUGUCUAGAUGGCAGGGGACACAAGCGAGGCUGUAUGUGCCCCGCAAUCCAUGUCUGGAUUGAUCUUGAUGGUGUUUGCUGCAGGUGCAUUGUAGGUUGAUAAAAUGGAAGAUCCCAAAGCUUGUGCUCCACGGUAAAGGUCCCCAGCUAAAAAUGGAUUUCACAUCCACAUGAGGAAGCUCCAGGGGUUUCAGACGGCAAGCUGAGCAUCCAUCAGUUGCUCCAUGCGAUGGAUAAAAUGGCAAACGUCGUUCACAUCAGCACAAGGAGUGUCAUGGUCUGGAUCAUAAGUAGUACUGUACAUUCGUACCUUGGAUCCCGAACUCCUUGCAAGUUGAACAUUUUG